AUGAAGGUUGGGAAUGGUCAGUUGUGUCGGUUCUGGAUUGACAAUUGGAGUCCAUUUGGCCAAAUGACAGUGUAUCUAGGAGAAGAAGGCCCUCGUCAGGUGGGAAUUACUAGUAAUGCGAAGCUAUCAGAUUUGUGGAGAUUAGAUUCUUGGCACCUCCCACCUGCAAGAUCAGAAAAACAACUAAACUUUCAGAUCUAUCUCUCCUCAAUGCAACUGUCAUCUGUUGAGGAUGCGUAUGAAUGGUGGAUUGAUAAUAAAGCAAAGAAUAGACAUAACAUCGGUAGCAUCUACUCGACCAUUAUCGAUCAUCACCCAUCAGUUACCUGGAGCGGAGUGGUUUGGUACUCUGGUGGUAUUCCUAAGCAUAAAUUUCUCACUUGGCUGUUUGUUUUGAAUCGAUGCCCAACAAGGGAUAAAAUGAGAAGCUGGGGUCUCCAAGUUGAUCCUCUAUGCUUACUGUGUGCUUCUGCAAAUGAGACUCGCGACCACCUUCUGUUCGAAUGCUCUUACUCUUGGGAGAUCUGGACCAGAAUCAGCCGCUGCUGCAGUCAUCAACCUCAGGGGACAUGGACAGAAACACUAGAGUAUCUUUGUAGCCUUCAAGGAUCUGGGAUCUCAAAGAAACUCCUACUAAUAUCUUGGCAAGCCACGAUUUACAGUAUUUGGGUAGAAAGGAACCACAGGCUACACAGAAACACAGCAAAAUCCACUACUAUGAUUAUCAAUCAGAUCGCCCGCUUAGUAGGAACAGAGCUUCAAGCUUUCGUGAUCACAACCCAUCUUUAUCCUCUUCGCUUCUUCAACUUUGGUUUCAGGGAACAGCUGCGAUCUAGAUCGGAGUUUCUAAGAGACGAAAAUCUAUAA